ACACUGUUGUGUUUACUGAGAGCGGAGGAAAACAGGUUUUGUGUACUUACACUGAUCUAUUUCAGCGAUUACACAACCCUACCCUGUCCUCCUGCUGAGCGGGAUACACUUUAAGCUUUUUAGCACGGUCAAACCGGCAUGAAUAUAUAUCUAGUUUUUAUUUUAUAAACUGCACAGCUCAUCACAGUUUAUUAUAUGUUCAUUAUAGUUUAGUUUAGUUUAGUUUAGUUUAGCUUAGCGCGGCGCUGGGCGGAAGCUGUCAGUAACUGGUUUGAUGUGAACUCGGACACUGUUCCUUCCUCUUUUUUUUCUCUCCACAUCUCGACCCAGAAGAUGUCUUGCUGUACAUGUGGAUCUGCUGCGAUUCGUCUCUUGAGUUCAGCACACAAAGGGUUAUCACGCUCACACGUUAAGUUCUAUGCUCUCAGUAGAACAGCGACUCGUGAAGCCCAUCUACCUCUUGCAGUACAAGCCAGAUCGUUCUCAGAGAGUGGCGUGUGUUUCGCCUCAAAGGAGAACACACCAACAGACGGCUCCAGUGAUGAGGGAAAGAAGAGUGCGACAGAUACAGUUGGGAAGAGAUCUAAGGGUUCUGGUGGGUCAGGGAAAGGAGGAAGCCAGCUACGUUGCCCCAGAUGUGGAGACACAUGCACACAUGUGGAGACGUUUGUGCCAUUCACACGUUUUGUGAAAUGUGAAAAAUGUCAUCACUUCUUUGUGGUGCUUUCUGAAAGUGACCCUAAGAGGGGUCUGAGUAAGGAAGCGGAAUCUGCUGCCGAAGCUAUUAAACUGGCACUCGCUCAGAAGCCUCCCCCACCCCCUAAAAAGAUCUACGCCUACCUCGAUAAGUAUGUUGUUGGCCAGUCAUAUGCGAAGAAGGUGCUGUCAGUUGCAGUCUAUAACCACUACAAACGGAUCUACAACAACCUUCCAGCAUCAGGCGGACUGCAAGCGGGGACAGAGAAGCCGAUCUCGUUUACUCCCCAGCAGCUUGAGAUCAGAAGACGGGAAGAUGAAUACAGAUUUACAAAACUUCUUCAGAUCAACCCACAUGGCAAUGCUCUUGGUGCAGCUGUUCAACAACAGGCUGCUCAACAAGCUACGCCGAAGAAAAGGGGUGGCGAGGUGCUGGACUCUACCCAUGCUAGCAUCAAACUGGAGAAGAGUAACAUUGUGCUGCUAGGCCCUACUGGAUCAGGUAAAACACUUUUAGCGCAGACUCUGGCUCAGUGUUUGGAUGUUCCCUUUGCCAUCUGUGAUUGUACCACACUGACCCAGGCAGGCUACGUAGGUGAGGACAUUGAGUCAGUCAUUGCAAAGCUGCUGCAAGAUGCCAACUACUCAGUGGAGAAAGCCCAGCAAGGAAUAGUAUUUCUGGAUGAGGUGGAUAAGAUUGGCAGUGUCCCAGGUAUUCACCAGCUCAGAGAUGUAGGAGGAGAAGGUGUCCAGCAGGGUUUGUUGAAACUCCUGGAGGGCACCAUUGUAAAUGUACCAGAAAAGAACAGCAGGAAGUUACGAGGUGAAACCGUGCAGGUGGACACAACCAACAUCCUGUUUGUGGCAUCAGGAGCCUUCACCGGACUGGACCGGGUCAUUAGCCGGAGGAAGAAUGAGAAGUACCUUGGAUUUGGCUCGGCCUCCAACCUGGGGCAGGGACGCCGUGCAGCAGCAGCAGCUGAUCUGGCCAAUAGCUCAGGCAGUGAGUUGGAUGUCAUUUCUGAGAUGGAGGAGAAGGAUCAGCUCCUGAGUCAAGUAGAGGCACGUGACCUCAUUGAGUUUGGCAUGAUUCCUGAAUUUGUAGGUCGUCUGCCCAUCAUAGUGCCUUUGCACAGCCUGGACGAGCAAGCACUAAUGCGCAUUCUCACCGAGCCCCGGAAUGCUGUGGUGCCUCAGUAUCAGGCCCUCUUCAGUAUGGAUAAGUGUGAGCUGAAUGUGACUCCAGAUGCACUCAGGGCCAUUGCCAGACUGGCUCUUGAGCGGAAGACUGGAGCCAGAGGCCUCCGAUCCAUCAUGGAGAAGCUGCUGUUGGAGCCCAUGUUUGAGGUGCCACAGUCAGAUAUUGUGUCUGUGGAGCUGAAUAAGGAUGUGAUUUUGGGCAAGACUGAACCACGCUAUAUCAGAGCUUCAACUAACGAGACCACAGAGGAGGAGUAUGACUAUGGCAUUGAAGAGAACUGGCUGAGACAAGCAGAUGUAGCCAACAACUAAUAAUGCAGUUAUGAAACAUUUAAAGAUCUCUCUGGACUCUGCAUCAGUAAAGCUCAGAAAACCAGAAGCAACAUUCUUCUGCUCAAGGCUAAACAGGACCCCAGCUUAAACCUAAAGCAGAGACACUUGCCUGUUAACAAUUUUCAACUGAACAAGAAAGAAUUAGAUAGACCUCCUAAUCACCUUCUGGACCCACAUUCCCUGUAGGAAUGUACAGAAAGUGACUACACACAAUCCAGCAGGUUUUAAUUACAGUCUGCGUGCAUAGCUAACAAUUUUAUGUAUAAAAAAGCUUAUAUUUUCUUGAGGGAAUUUUGAUGAUUGUGGAAAGAUUGCUGCAACUGGGAUCAUAAAAUGCAGCUUAAGGUGUCAAGCUAGUUAUGUUUAAUUUGAGUAUUUUUGGUGCAUGCACCAAUGAACUUGUCCAUUAUCUAGUAAGAGUAUUUCAGUUUCACAUAAUGGUGGUGCUGGUUUCUCUACCUCUUUUUUUAACAGCAAUGAGUGUGACAUUGUUCUGUACUUGUAGGUAUAUCUUUUUUAGUCUACCUAUAAUUGAAUCAAGCAAACUGCUACAGAGGACUGAUUUUUUUUAAAAACAAUGCACAAGCAAUUGCAAGGACAGCACAAUUGACCUUUUCCAAAUGUGUUAAAUGCCCUCUUAUUCACCCUCCCUGCAUGCAACACUCUUCAGAGUGAAGUAACUGAUAAUUCAUCAAAACUCAGUACUACUAAUGGUUUAAAAAUGCAAUCUGUUUACACAUACUUGUGUGUUGAAUUGAAUUCAUAACAAUAAUGACCCUUUUGUACACAAAACACAAUUGUCACAUUAAGUUUUCAUAUAUACUUUUAUUGAAAUCGGAUUCCUUCUUCCAUUUCAAAUGUCAGCUAACCACCACAAAGGCCCUUAAAUUUGGAGUUUAUGUGCCAUUAUUGAAAAAUAUAAAUAAAGUGUGUAUAUAUGUAA